UGUCAGUCUGUGUGUCGGGGCGAGGCGGGCGGGCGCCGGGAGACAGACAGACAGACAGACAGGAGCCGAGACCCCCGCCCCUCUCGGCGCUCAGACGAGCCGGCGCUGGUUGUAGAGGGGGGUCGCACCGUCUGCUUCACCCGGGGAGGAGAGUGGAGUGCGGAGAGGCACCAUGGAAGCGUACCUGUUCAUCCUGUGCUGUGGACUCAUACAAGUGGCUGCUGCAGGCAACUCUACCGACAUGGGCAAAGACCAGUUUUUUUACGAUUAUAAGACUCUACGGAUCGGAGGCCUGGUGUUUGCCGUCAUUCUCUUUACUCUUGGCAUCCUGCUGAUCCUGAGUCGGAAAUGUCGUUGUAGCUUCAACCAGAAGCCCAGGUCACCUGGUGAUGAGGAGGCCCGCGUGGAUACUCCGAUCAUCGACAAACCAACAGAGACAGCAGCCAAGACCGAGAACUGAAGAGGCCCCACCACGGGACAAGUCAACACGAGACCUGAAGCUACGGAACGGUUGCAUCUUGGACAGGUCUUUGAAGACCAUCACUACACUCGUGACGAUGCAGCCACUCCAAGCGUUGCUCAGUCACUUCACGGAUCUUGAAUUAAAACAUAUACACACUGGUAGCAGUAAAUGAUGUACCGAUCUUGUAGCAUGUCCGUGGAUUAUCCCAUGUUACCGUGCAAUGGUCAUCCUCAAAAUGUCCACCUUUGUUGGGUAGUUAGUAGCAGUUGUGUUCAGUUUGAUAUUUUCCAGUAUUGCCAGAAUGUAUUUGCAUAACCAUCAGUGGGUGCGUUUGUGUACGUGUGUGUUUGUAUACGUGUGUGUGCGCAGUAAAUAUGAGCAGGGUGGGGCUCAGUUACUCCAUCCCAUCCACAGUAAAGUGUUGUUGCACUGAUGUCUCUGUGUUAAGUAGAGUGUGAUUAAUAUUGGUGUAUAACACUGUUAGUUGGUCACUGUGUCCGUGUGUGUGUGUGUGUGUGUGGUGUGUGUGUGUGUGUGUG